UAUGCCAUCGCCUUUUUUAACCUUUUUCUGCCGUAGACCUAAAGUCUUAAGUCUUCCCCCUUGACCAACCUCCCUUAUAAUGCAACACCAUUGAAACUAAUUGCCACUAAUUCUACAGUUAUUUUCGUUUAUUUUUCAGACCAUGGUCCAUCCACCUUUUUCUCCAGCUAACCCAUAACAAAACUUCAAUCAACAAACUUGUAGUGAAAAUGGAGACUGUGACUCUUGUGGAGCAUCAAUACACAACAACUACAUGGAAAGUUCAUCAUUUGGCAUGCUUGGAAGUUAAAAAUAUCAUGGAGAAAAUCACAAGAAUAUUCACAGCACUUGAGUCUGCUCGGCCCCGGUGCAAAUCAGGAUUACAAUUGCUAUGCUCAUUACACAAAUACAUGGAAAGAUGCAAAUUGCUUCUUCGCUAUUGUUCUGAAUCCAGCAAGCUUUACUUGGCGAUUAGUGGAGAGAAGAUCAUUGUGAGGUGUGAAAGGAUUCGUUAUUCGUUGGAGUUAUGUUUGAGCCAACUUCAAAACAUGGUCGAACCGACUUUGGCUUUGCAGAUAUCCCAAAUUGUUGAUUAUAUAAAAAGUGUGGCUUUUAUUUUGGACACCUCCGAAGAUGAAGCAGGGAGAGUUUUACUUGCUUUACUCCAUCAAGACAUAAAAGCAUCGAAAUUUGCUAAAACUGAGGAACUCAAAGCUUUCAAAUUUGCAGCUUCCAGGUUACACAUUACAUCCCCAUUAGCACUCGUGAUCGAGAAACGCUCCAUAAGAAAGCUGCUUAGCAAGAUCUGUGAUACCGACCCGGUAAAAAAGAAAAUCCUGAACUAUUUGUUAUAUCUUGUGAAAAAAUACGGGAAUCCAACCAAACUACAACAAACAGAAGGUGUUGAAGGUGAUGAUGAUGGUGGUGAUGUUUUUGAUUCACUUGAAAUGCCAAUGAGGUUCAAAAACCGUCACUUAAGUGCUCUCUCGUCUGCUAGCUUGGUACCCAGUUUCAACAGUUCCUUAGGUGAUUUGAAUCUGCAAGUAGACGAUAUUUCGAUCAUGUCUUCUGAUGCUGGCACUGAAGAUGGGUUUGAUGAGGUUCAAGAAAAAUCUACAGGAUUCAAGUGUGAUCCUAUUCUAGAUAACGGGCCAAACUUGUUUAUACUUGGAAAUCUUUCUGUACUUCCAUGGGCAUCAAGGCGUAAGGCGAUUGAAGAUGUGAAAGCCCAUUUAGAAGAUGAUCAAGAGUCUCAUCUUUUCAUAUCUACAAGUUAUGUUAAACCUGUUUUCAAGUUCUUGAAAGAGGCUGAUCGAAAAGGUGAUUCAGUAGCCAAAAGACAUGGAGCUGAGUUGCUUUUGAUGUUCUUGAAAGAAUCCAGAUCUGAUAGACCACCUUUAUUAAAAGAUGUGAUGAGCGACCUCUCUUUGUUUCUGGAUUCCGAUAUCACUGAAGAAGCGUUACAAAUACUAGAACUGUUAUCUUUCCACCAUCACUACACUUCUGAAAUUGUGACAUCUGGCAUUCUGUUGACCGUUAUAAAACUAAUAAAGAACCCAAAGAGCAAACAACACAAUGUGAUUAUGGCCUUGAGAGUGCUUUGUAACCUUUCUGCUCACAUGGAUCUAGGGCAUCACAUGAUCUACCUAGGCUUCAUUCAAGAUUUGGUGACAUUUUUGGAUGAUCUGUUGCUGUCUAGUUAUUGUAUCAAAGUAUUCAAAAAUCUAUGCGCUAUUGAAGAAGCUGCAGACCAGUUUCAUAUCAACUGCAUUACCUCAAUUGGUGAGCUGCUUGAAUUGGGUAAAGAUGAAGAACAAGAAGAUGCAGCUGAGAUUCUAUUGUCGUUAUAUUGCCAACGUGAAGAACUGCGUGGAAUUUUGUUGCAAGAAAACAUAGUUUCAAAUUUGGUUAAUAUAAAUGGAAAUGGGAGUUCUAAGGGUAGGUUGUUGGCGGGCGAGUUACUCCAGUUAUUAAAUAAUGGCGCUGAUGAUUGUUUACAGGCAUUCAACCUUUCGGACACCUCACAAAGCACAAAUGGUAACUUUAAAACAUGUUCCAAGUCAUCGGACACCUCACAAAGCACAAGUGGUAAAGUUAAAACAUGUUCCAAGUCAACGGGAUUUUUUGGUAGGCUCAAAUCGAAAUUUAGGAAAUUUGUAUGGUAACUAAUGGCGCCAAUAGUAUCACAUAAUAUUCAAAUGUAGUCAAAUUGUAUUUUUGGUUGAUAUUAUGUAGAGAUAAUAUCUCCUAUAAUCAUGUAAUAUCUUAGUGUAUAUAUGCUUACAAAAUCAAUAGAAUAAAACAUAGUUUCAUGUUC